AUGGAAAAUUUUGAAUUAGAAAAGGAAUUCACUGACAAGUCAGCUCUUUAUAUAAACAAUAGGCUUGAUAAAAGAUUUGUUUUCAAAGAUCUUGUAUGUGAAAAUUUCAAGGAUGAUUAUAAAAUUUGGGUAGAAGCUUGUCCGAAUCCAAACAUAGUUCAGGCAUUUGAUUUUUAGCCAUAGACAUUUCUCAAAAAGCCAAAGCAAGUCACUGAAUUUAUUCAGGAUGGAUAAAGUUGCAGAAAAUUCAUUCAAUUUUUGCUAUUGAAUCCAGAGUAUUUCAACCCUAUUCAGAAAAUGAAGAAAAAAAUGCUGCUGUUGUUUCUGAGUCAGAUGUGCAAAACUAUACAAGAAUGUCACAAGAGACGCUUGUAUCACUUAAACUUAAAUUUGAGCAAUGUAAUUGUCUAGUAUUACAAAGAAUCAAUUCUAUUUAAGCUUCAAAACUUCGAAACUUGGAAUACGGAACUGAUCAUUUCAGAUUACAUUAACUUCAAAAAGUAUCAUGAACUUUUGGAAAAGAGAAAAGCCAUUGAUAAUAUUAAUUCAGAUCAAAUUAAGAGACUCAAAGAUCUCAAAGACUUUGGAUUAAUGAUUGCAGAAAUGGUUACAAAGCUUUACGUUGAAGAGCAUUCUUAAAGAUAAACACUAAUAGAUAGCUAAUUAUUUUCGCCUCAAGAUAACUUCGAGUAUUAAACAGAAAUAAUGGAGAUAAUUGCGAUAUGCAAUGAAACUGACUACACUACUGAAACUGAUCGAGCUUUCAAUCAGAUCUAUCUAAUAGCAUAGAGGUUGAUGCUGCAAAAUUUUAUCUAGCCUGAGAGUUUCAACCAAAACUAUGAAAUUGACUAGAUAUAGCAAGCAAUUUUGCAUAAUAUUCAAAUUAAUAACAGAGCAAUUGUAAAAUAUUAGCUUGGACACAAGAAAGAAGGUUUAGAUUUGAUAAGUCAACUAGAUCUUUAAGCUGAAUUCACUUCUUUCGUGAAUAGUAUUUUUAUGUAGUGGAAUAUGGGAUUGAUAUUUGAUCACUAAGUUGCCUCAAUGAUUGACUCUUUUGAAGUUAGAAGUGAAGAAUAGGCAAAGCAAAAAAGAGACUUUAUUGAGAAUCUGAUAGCAUCAUCUUUGGAAAUUCUAAAUUAUAAGAAUACACUUAAGAACAAACUAAGGAUGAUUUUUAUUCAGAAUGAAGAACAUGCGAACUUUGAUAUGUCAGUUCCCUCUAUUGUGGAGUCAAUAGAUAUAUCUUAGAAUGAGCAAUAUGUCCUGAUCACAACUGAUACAAAGUUUAUUUUAAAGAUGUCAAAAGACGCUGAAUUUGAGAGAGUUUAUGAAAUCAAUAGAUUUUCUGAUUAGAACAAUACAUUAGUUAAUAAGGAAGUUGAAUAGAUUCUAGCUAAAUCAAAAACUUAAGAGAUUAUUUUUGAAGAUGCUGCUCCGCUCAAUGAAGGUGAACCUACAAUAAACAUAGAGAAUCCAAAUGAGGCUGAAAUUAAAGAUGAUACAAUUCCAAAGUUUAGCAUUCCUUCAUUUGACAAUAGAGAUAAAAAUAACACUUAAGAAGACAUAGAAUAGUUUUAAUCUUUUGCUUCAAGAAAAACCGAAUAUGAUCCUCUUAUAGACAAGAUUAUAUCAGCAGAUAUAAAUAACUUAGGAACGCAUGUUUUAGUAUAUUAGUUCAAUGAGAAAAGAAAUUACAAAACUUUGAUUAUUUUCGAACUGAAAAAUGAUAACUCGGAGUACGUUAGAUAUAAGCUUGAUGAUAUAUUAGACGAGAAAAGUUAUAAUAUACUUGAGAUUAAAUUUGCUCCUCAUCGUGAAAAGAAUAUACUCUUAGUUAGGACUGAUGAAUUCAAAAAGUAUGUAAUUGACGUUGAAAAGAAGAUCAUAAUGAGUACGAGUGAUUGUCCUAUGCUGGAUAAGUCUAUAUUUAGGAAGAAGAAGGAAUUUAAUGAUUACUUUGAUGAUGUCAAAUAAUUCAUCAAUGACAAUAAAGAGGUAGGAAAUAAAAUAUCGAUUCCAGAGGAAAAUACUGAAAUAAUACUUGGCUUUGAUGCCAAGAGCUUGGAGUUCUUUAUUUAUAAUAUAAAGGAAAGAAAAAUUACCAGAAAGUUCUAAUUAGUCAGGAAAAUUUCGUUGUUUAAUGGUAAAGAUCAGAAGGAGGCUGAAAUAAACUCAGCGACUUAUGAUAUGCUAGAUAUUUAUUCUUUUAAAGCUAGAGAACUAAUUCAUAUGCAAUUAUCAUCUUGUGGAACAUAUUUUGUUGCAAUGAUAGCUUCUGAUAUUUUCAAGUAGAAUAUAGCUAUAGAUUAAGAGGCUUUGAAAAAAUUAUAACCUAUCUAUCUAAUGGUUGAUUACAGACAGAGUAUCUAUAGUAAUAAGCUAAAGUUAGAAGACAAAUAGAACUUAUUAGAUAAUAAUGCAAAAAAUUAGGUUCAAAAACUUGAGCAGCAAUAUGGCUAGGUUAAGGUAAUGUAGCAGAGUAGUUUAGCAGAUAAUAAGGAGCAUUAUUUGAAGAUGCAAUAAAAUUUAGACGAAUGCUUGAUUCUCGGAGAAGAAGUUUUUAAAAACAAAGCAGCCUUUGAAGCUUUCAGAGAAUUUCAGACUAUUACUUAAAAUGUUAGAAAAGAAGACUUCCAAGAUUUAUAUCCUUUAGGCCAAUUUAACAAGAAUAGUUUUAUAGUAGUUAACGUUGGAAAGAAGAUAAUCUGCUUAGACUACCAUAAAAAUAGCAGGACAUUUGAAGUAGCAGUACAUGGUGUAGAUGAACUUAUGCUUAUUGACAAAGAAAAUAUUGUACUAGUGAGAUGUCAAAAUCAACUAUAGAUGUACUCAAUUCCAGAACUAACUAAGAAAUUUGUUAAAAAGAAAGAACCUGAGUAAUAUCACAUUAAAAGAAGGAAAACUAUGGCAAAAUUCUUAUUGUAAAAGGCACUCGAGAAUGAGUCAGAUUCUGAUCAUGUUGAUGAAGACUAAAAGAAGUAAAUAAAUGAGGAAGAAUUAAAGAAGAAACUAUAGUAGGUGCAAUAAACUGAUUAAUCCUAAAAAUUACAAGAAAAAAAUCAUUGUAUUAAAAUACUUGUUUACUAUGUUACAGUAGAGGAAGAAGAGAUUGAUCUGUAAUAGGAUUAUGAUUCGAAUGAAAGUGAUCAUGACAAAGUUAUUGAGGAACCAGAAACGAUUCAUGCUAUUAAUUGUAAAUUGCAUUGGGAAUACAAGUAUUUAAGCAACUUGAAUAAUAACCUUGGAUAUUUGAUCAACAUAGAAUUUGAUCUGUUAGGAGAUAAAUUUCUAAGUAUUUAUAACUACGGAGAAAUAACAAUGUGGGAUAUGAAAAAUAAGCAAAGGUAAAAAGAAAUUGGAAUUGAAACUUAGAAUAUAUCUCAUAUUAAGAUGCUGACUAGUUCUCAGAGAAUAUUAAUGAUGUCAACGAAACCUAGUUUUAUAAUCUUUAACUCAGCAUCAGAAAAAGCUGUAUCAAUAUCCAUAAAUUCCAAAGAAUAAAGAGUAUGCUAGUAGUUUGAAUGUGAGAUUACUGAGACAUUUGCAUUGGCAUUAUUUUAGUCACUAUUUGUCUUUAACAUUCAGAAGUCAGAGCUAACAAGGGUAAUAAAACUUAACAAACUAGAUUAAAAUACUAGAUUAAUUGCUAGAAUGGAUGAAUUGUGUAGCUAUUUGGUGAUUAUGGAUGAUAGAUAAAGAGCUUUUGAUUUCUAUUUAAUGGGAUACAAGAAUUAUGUUAAGAAAAUUGAACCACCUAUAGAAAAAUAUGAGCCUCCUCCUUAAAUUAUUUUAGAUAAUCCAAUGGAUAAAAUAAGAAAUGAGAAAUCAAGCUGUUGUAAUAUUUUUUGA